CCGUCCCUCCCUCCGGUGACGCGGCCAUGAGCUCUCAUCCCCGCCGCGUCCGCCUGAAGCCCUGGCUGGUGGCCCAAGUCAACAGCGGUCAGUACCCGGGACUCCGCUGGGUGGAUGCCGAGAGGAAGCGCUUCUUCAUCCCCUGGCGCCAUGCCACCCGCCACAUCCCCAGCCAGGACGACGAGAACACCAUAUUCAAGGCCUGGGCCAAAGAGACGGGCAAAUACAACGAAGGCGUCGACGAGCCCGACCCCGCCAAGUGGAAGGCCAACCUGCGCUGCGCCCUCAACAAGAGCCGCGAGUUCAGCCUGAUCUACGACGGCACCAAGGACACCCCCAUGCAGGCCUUCAAGAUCUACGAGGUUUGCGAUGCCCCACAGCCCAACGGAGAGCCUUUCGCCGGAGAUGAGAACGUCGGCUGUGAAGAAGAGGAGGAGUUGCAGAAGAUGAUGCCAACGCUACAAAUUGCAGAUCCGUCCCACGGCGUGGAGCCCCUGCCCCCCUACCCGUGGCUGAAGCAGGAGGCCUUGUACCCGGGUACUUGUGCCAACGGAUCUUUCCCCCACGUGGCGCGCAUGAACAUUCCCCCUCCGCCCGUCAGUGCUUUUGCGGUAGGCGGUGAGCCCGCGGCGCCCAACUUUGCCGAACCAGCCGGAGGGAUCCCCCUCGUUCCAGGGGAUGUCCCCAUGCCAGCAGACCUGGAGCCCCUGCGCCCGGGGGGCUGCCCGGUGACGCCCAUGGAGCAGUUCAUCCCGGAUUUGCUGAUCAGCCCCCACAUGCUGCCACUGACCGACUUGGAGAUCAAGUUCCAGUACCGCGGCCGCUCGGUGGGCUCCCUGACCAUCAGCAACCCCCACGGCUGCCGCCUCUUCUACAGCAACCUGAAGCCCACCCAGGAGCAGGUGGAGCUCUUUGGGCCCCUGACGCUGGAGCAGGUGCCCUUCCCCAGCGCGGAGGGCGUGCCCAACGAGAAGCAGCGCUUCUACACCCACCAGCUGCUGGACGUCUUGGACCGGGGCCUCAUCCUGGAGCUGCAGGGCCAGGACAUCUACGCCAUCCGCCUCUGCCAGUGCAAGGUCUUCUGGACGGGGCCCUGCGCCGGGGAGCUGGCGGGGCCCAACCCCAUCGAGCGCGAGAAGAAGAUAAAGCUCUUCAGCCUGGAGAGCUUCCUCAACGGGCUUAUCAUGUUCCAGAAGGGCCAGAGCACCACGCCACCCCCCUACGAGAUUUUCUUCUGCUUCGGAGAAGAGUGGCCGGACCAGAAGCCUAAAGAGAAGAAGCUGAUCACAGUCCAGGUCGUGCCAGUAGCUGCGCGUCUCCUGUUGGAAAUGUUCUCCGGGGAGCUGUGCUGGUCAGCCGACAGCGUCCGCCUCCAAAUCUCCCACCCGGAUCUCAAGGACAAGAUGGUGGAACAGUUCAAAGAGCUGCACCAGCUCUGGCAGACGCAGCAGAGCGUCCAAGUCCAGGGCCUGCAGCUGGCCGGGCCCGAGAGCUGGCCCAUGCAGACCGGCACCACAAACAGCAUGUAGCCGCGAGAGGGGGGGGGCUGGGCGCCUCGCCACCCCCAGGCCAUGGCACAGGCUCCGACUCCAGGGGAGUCAGGAUGCCACUUUGCUAGUGGGCAGCCAGCGCAGAACCACAAGGACUUGCAGCCUGACCGACCUUUUGCUGAACCGAGAAAAAGCCACAGCAGUUCUUUGCAGGAUAAGGGCCUUCUUCCGAUUGCUGCAAAAAAAGAGAAGUGAGCUGUCGAAUGGAGGGGGUGC